AUGGUUUCUAGAUGGGUUAGUAAUUGGGUGUUCCUAUAUUGGGUUAAGAUGAUAAGGACUCGUUCCAACAAUGCGAGUUGUAGUAAUGAGAACAUCGAGGCUCUUGGGGAAUUCUUCAAGACUUUAGGGGCCAUGACUCAGAUGAUGAAAUACCAUUUGCUGGCCCCGGCUACUCCUGCCCCAAAUCAAGCUGAUAGUAGUCUAACUGAGAGAUUUUGGAGGCUUGCACCUCCGACGUUCUUGGGGCAUGGGGGAGUAGAGAAAGCUGAGAGAUGGAGGAGACAAGUGGAGAAGAUAUUUGAUGUGUUACACUAUUUCGAUGAACAAAAAGUCCGAGAGAGAAAAGAAGUAGAGUUAAUUGAGUUGCAGCAAGGGAAAUUAUUAGUGGACCAGUAUGCAUCAAAAUUUGCAGAGCUCUCCUGUUACGCAUCACACAUUAUCAAUACAGAGGCACGUAAGGUGAACAAGUUCGUGAGGAGCCUCCAGCCAGACAUAAGAGGGAGAAUAAUAUCAGCCAACCUCAAGACCUCCUUCCCCUUAGUGGACCUUGCUAUGAAGAUUAAGAGAGAUUGUGAAGAGUUCCGGUUGAGGAAAGAAGGGAAAGUGGGGGCCGUGCCAUCUGGAAAUUUUAGGAGGACGACUCGACCACCUCCUAGGAGAGAGUUUGGGGGAAGGAACAAUCAGGGCAAUACAGAGAUCCAAAAUACCUUCCCUGGUGACGUGAGGGAUAAUCGGCGACUGACUUGCUCUUACUGUGGGUUGAGUAGCCAUUCUGCAGCUGAGUGUUAUAAGAAGGUGAAAUCAUGUUUUCGUUGUGGCAAGCCCGGCCACCUAAUCAAGGACUGUCCAGUAAAAGGGCCAGAGAACCGACCAAGGACUCAAGGUCAGGUGUUUUCACUCAUGAAACAGGAAGCCAAGGCGUUUACCUCUGUAAUCCGAGGUACGCUCUCUGUCUAUGGUAUAGAAGCUAGAGUCUUGAUUGACCCUAGAUCUUCUCAUUCUUUUGUUGCACCUCACUUUGCAUACCACAUAAAUGUUAGACCUUCACUUCUUGACUAA